GGGGGGGCAGAAAAUACAUGUAAGGGAGGGAAGAGAAUAUUCGGAGAUGCUAUCUCCACCACCAGAGUUUGCUAACCACACCCCCAAAUUCUCUGUGUGGAACUGUUUGAUCUUACGGUUCUUAAACACCGUCCACCAUCAUAACAGAUAACUGGAUAUCCCGUCGUUUUAUCAUCUCUCUUCUUCACUCUCCGACUCUCGUCUGUUAAGCAAUCAUGGUGGCCAUGACAUAAACGUGUUCCAACUUCUUCUAAGAUUCAAUCUUGUGAAUUUGAUGGCUCAACUCAACUUAUGAAUAUUCUCCACGAACCAGUCUUCUUAAACAUUUCAUGUUUCUAUGACUUCCCCAAGUUACUUAAACAUAAAACAUGUUCUUAUGUUCCAAAACUUGCCAAAUUUCAUAAAUCUAAUGGCGCCCUUUUGGCUAUGCAAGGCAAUGUAGAGUUAGCAGGUCCUGUUGUCAACUCAUUCAACCAUAAGAUUUACAUUAAUAAUGGAGAAGAGUUGAAUGGUAUUCCUCAUAUACAAACUCUUAGAGAAUUUCCUAGGGAGGAGCUUUUUGGAAAAGUCGUCAUGGUUAGAUUUGAGUCUAACAUAUUGCUCAAGCAAGAGUAUAACGAGAAAAAUCAAUCAGAUUUUAAUGCACUGUUUACAAUUAAAUAUUUACAUGAAGCCGGAGCAAAUGUCAUCCUUGUCGGUGAUUGGAAAACAAAUACUUCAGAACUUCACACAGCAACGGUUGCAGAUUUCUUAUCAGGAAUUCUUCAAAGACAAGUUGUUCCACUGCAAGGCAUUUCUUGUAACAAACUAUCGGAGAUUAAUGGCUUCAAGAAAGAGAAUAUCUAUCUUCUUGAGAAUCUUAAUAAUAUCAAAGACGAAGUUGCUAAUUGUUUGAAGUUUGCUAGAGUAUUAUCGUCAGGAGUUGAUAUCUUUGUAAACGACUCCUUCUCUAACUCUCAUAAAGUUCUAGCAUCAACGGUUGGCGUUACUCGUUUCUGCUAUGCUCGUAUUGCUGGUUUUCACUUCGAGGAGAAGCUUCGUUUCGUGAAGAAUUUAGCAGAAGCCAACAAGAAGCCAUAUGUAGCAAUUAUUGGAGGUGGUAAUCUUGCCAUGAAAGCAGCUUCAUUUCGGUUUUUAGCCUCCAGAUGUCAAUGUUUUAUUUUUGUUGGAAUGAUGUCAUUUCAAAUAAUGAAUGCAUUAGGAGUACCGGUUCCUAUUGAUUUGGUGGACCGUAAGGCAUUCAGUGAAGCUAUAGAUAUAGUGAGACGUGCUCGCGAUAACAACGUGCAGAUAUUGUAUCCAAAGGAUUUCUGGUGUAGGAAUAAAAAUGAUCCAAAGCAAUUGCAUGUAUUUCCUUCUCAUGGACUUUUGGAUGGUUGGGUGCCUAUUGACCUUGGACCUGUGUCAUUGGAUGAAAUAGGUACCAUGCUUACAAAUUGUAAGAAAAUAAUUUGGAUCGGUCCAGUGAAAUUUGCUAAUCGAAGUGAACACACAAAUGGAGCAUCUAAAUUGGCGAAAAUUCUUGUUCAACUAAGCCAAGGAAACUGUGAAACAACUAUUGUUGGGACUACUGCAUGCAAUCUUGUGAGACAGGAAACAAGUUCGCUGUCUUCUAUAAAUAUGGUUCAGAAUGCUUCAGUAGUAUGGGAAUUUCUCAAAGGAAGAAAGCUCCCAGGUGUUAUGGCUGUUGAUAGAGCAUACCCUUUUGAAAUCAACUGGAACAACAUUUAUUCUGUUCCAACUCAAUCUCUUGUGGUUGAUAUCGGAAGCGGCAAUGGGCUUUUUCUUCUCGAAAUGGCUAAACGAAGGAAAGAUUUGAACUUUCUUGGUUUGGAGAUGAAUGAAAAGCUUGUUUUGCGGUGUCUGGAUUCUAUUCAAGAGUUUGGCAUAAAGAAUGGGCACUUCAUUGCUACUAAUGCAACAUCAACAUUUCGUUCGAUCGUUUCUUCGUACCAAGGAGAGUUAGUUCUUGUAUCAAUACAGUGUCCAAACCCUGAUUUCAAUAAACCUGAACAUAGAUGGAGAAUGCUGCAGAGAUCUUUAAUUGAAGCAGUGGUAGAUCUUCUAGCAUCUGGUGGAAAGGUCUUUUUGCAAUCCGAUGUAAAGGAGGUAGCACAAAAAAUGAAAGAACAAUUUAUGAGAUAUGGCAAGGGUAAGCUUGUUUUGGAGCAUGGCCAAAGUGAUUGGCUUGAUGAAAACCCAUUAGGAGUUAGGUCAGAUUGGGAAAAACAUGUUUUAGAGCGUAGGGCACCUAUGUAUCGAAUGAUGUUUUCUAAAUCAUCUGAGAAAAGUGAAGUUUUAAUUUCAAAUGAGGUAAUUCAGAAAGUUGCUUCAAGCUGAACUAUCAACUAUAUAUUGUUCGAGUUUAACUUAUAUAUUUAACGAGCUCAAUGUUCCGCUCAUUUAGUUAAUUAAUCAAGAACAAGAAUUUUCAGCUCAUUUAGUUCAUGAACCAGUGCCAAUGAGUUACUCGGAAAAUCGAUCAAUGCUCACUCUAAUUUUGAGUUGAUCUGGUUCAUUGUCGGGGUCUUAGUUCACUCAUCUGAUUAGAUUUCAUAUUUUAAUGUUAGCUUUGUGUAUAUUUGUAAUAAAGGUCUAGAAAUUCAUGAUUUCUAUAAAUGGUACUAUGAUAUUUCCUGUACAAUUUAUUUUGGUUAGUAAUAAACGUCAUAUUGAAUA